UACUAAUCCAACUAUUUCGAAAUAAAAAUACCAUUAAAAAAAAAAGGAUAAUUUUUGCAAUUCAUUAUUAACUUUUCUUGUGCCAAUCAAUAAAUUUCCAUUUUCUUCUUUUCUCCUUUAGAGGUAUAGUAUAAGAUUACUAAAGAAGAAGCCAAAAAAAUAACAAAAAGAAGGAUGGAUCAAGAUGGUAAAGUUUCGAGCAAUUACAACCAAAGUGAAGAGGAAUUAAAUAUGGAGCUUAGAAGAGGGCCAUGGACGGUCGAUGAGGAUUUUACACUCAUCAACUAUGUUGCUCACCAUGGCGAAGGCCGUUGGAAUUCUCUUGCUCGUUCUGCCGGGCUAAAGAGAACCGGGAAGAGCUGUCGAUUGAGAUGGCUGAACUACUUGCGUCCUGACGUCCGCCGAGGGAAUAUCACUCUCGAGGAACAACUCCUCAUUCUCGAACUCCACUCUCGUUGGGGAAAUAGGUGGUCGAAAAUAGCCCAACACUUGCCAGGCAGGACAGACAACGAAAUAAAAAACUACUGGCGCACGCGCGUGCAAAAGCACGCGAAGCAACUCAAAUGUGACGUCAACAGCAAGCAAUUCAAGGACACUAUGCGCUACCUCUGGAUGCCCCGACUCGUGGAGCGCAUCCAAGCCGCCAACUCAAACCAAAGCUGCACAAACCGCGAAUUGGGCCCGGCCCAAUUACUCCAGCCCCAGCAGCCCAUCAUCGGCAGCGGGCUGGCCCACACCUGCACAUACACACCUGAUAACUCAAGCGCAGCUCCCUCUUCGGACUCGUUUGGGUCGCCGGACUUAACUGACUGCUACAACAAUUAUCCGGUCAACAAGAGUUAUCAUGGCGGCAACAUGAUUAAUCAGGAUUAUGAUUAUUACUAUAAUACUAAUUAUCAGUCUAGCUUCACGAGCCCGGCGGGCUUUUUCAGCCAGGGGAUGGAUUUUGUCAACCAAAACGGGCCGUGGGCCGACGUUGGAGAUGGGCCUGACGGGCUGUGGAAUUCCGAUGACUUGUUGUUCUUGCAGCAACAGCUCAAUGGAGAUUAGAACCCUAGCAAAAAUUACAUAUUAGUCCAAUGCUUUUGUUUUUACAGGUUAAUAUUUUCAUUUAGAGGACAUAAUUUGAAAGUAAUUACUCUAGUGAUUAUUGUGUCAUGCAUACGUAUUGAUUGUUUUGUAUGGUUUGGUAGUUUAUAAUUUGUUGUGGGAUUAGUGGAAAAUUGUAUCUUGAUCAUAAAUAAGGAAUUAAUUG